GCCUGGCACAUUCCCUGUCUGAUCGUCCCGUCCUGCUAAAUUUCCUUCCAAAUGUUCUUCCGACAAGCGCUCCUUGCCAGCACGGCGGUCUUGUCCUUGUCAGUGGCCCUCCCCACAGCCGACCCAAGCCUUCCAUACCUGCUGUCUCCGCGGGACGAUACGCAGUGCGGUGCUGGGACGACCUUCUAUGCGUGUUAUCUGAACCACUUCCGGGGAUGCUGCUCUGUUGAUCCCUGCGCCCUGGAGGCGGGCACCCAGGUCUUCCAGCCACAGAUGGAGAUGAUCUUCCCGACCGAGCCAACCGCCUCUCCCAUUCCCACCCCGGAUUUGAAUCUCUCCCGCUCCGCCACCACUCAAUGGGACCAACUGAUGACCUUCACCCUGCCCAGCGAGGCCCGCCAGUGCACUCUCGGCUGGACCAUCCCCGCCCGCCGCAACUUCACUGCGGGCUCCAACGCCUUGGUCCGCGUUCUGGAGAACGUCGCUCCCGGCAAUAUCACCCGCAUCGGCGCGGCAGAUUUCUCCUACUGGCCGCAGACCCCCGGACCUCACGAGGCUCUGGUUGGAACCUUGGAUUGUAAAGAGCAACUGCAGUUUCACUUGACUUUGGAACAUCGAGAUGCUGUCUUCAUGGCCCAGGAUGCGCAGACGGGCUGGUGGGUGCGAUACACAUGCUGAUGAACGGAUAACAGAAGUGAUGCAAGGUUGCAUGGAGGGUUCGGCGCUGACGCUUAUUCUUGUAUUUCACUUGGCCACUUG